AUGAUGCGCUUUUUGCGCGCGCGCAAGUUUGAUGUCGCUGGUGCUUGGGCGCAGUUUAAGGAUACGGAGGAUUGGAGGAAGGAGAAUGCGAUUGAGGAGUUGUAUGAGAAUAUUGAGGUUGAUUCUUAUGAUGCUGCGAGGAGGAUGUACCCCCAAUGGACCGGCCACCGCGACCGCCGCGGCAUCCCCAUCUACGUCUUCGAAAUCAAGCACCUCGACAGCAAAAACAUGGCCAAAUACACCUCCACCCUGAACGAAUCCGCCACGGCCGACACGCACCAGUCGUCCAAGGUGCCGCAGCGUCUGCUGCGAUUGUUCGCCCUAUAUGAAAACCUGCUCAACUUCGUCAUGCCGCUUUGCUCGCGGCUUCCGCGCCCGAACAUGGAGACUCCUGUCGUUGCCUCGACGAACAUUGUGGAUGUGAACGGGGUGGGACUGAAGCAGUUCUGGAAUCUGAAGGGCCAUAUGCAGGAUGCGAGUGUGCUUGCUACAGCGCAUUAUCCGGAGACGUUGGAUAGGAUUUUCAUCAUCGGCGCCCCAGCCUUCUUCCCCACAGUCUGGGGAUGGAUCAAACGGUGGUUCGACCCCGGCACAACCUCCAAGAUCUUCAUCCUGUCCGCCGCAGAAGUAAAACCCACCCUGUCGGCAUUUAUGCACCCCUCCAGCAUCCCCAAGCAAUACGGCGGCGACCUCGACUGGAAAUGGGGGGAUAUGCCUGCUUUGGACGAGGAUGCUCGUGCGCUUGUCGGCGACGCUCUGGCAACACCUGCGGGUGAUGACGCGGCUCGGCAGGAGGUUAUCAAGGGCCCCGUUCUGUUCGAGGAUGAUUGUGUUCAUAUCCUGGGUAAGGUUAACGGCGUGAGCAGAGAUACAAAGAUUCCUGUCUCGGAUACUACAACCAGCACAGAGCAAAAGUCAGACAUCGACGCCGGGAUCGAGAAACUCAACAUCACCGUCGAGGAGGGAGCGACUAGAGAUGUCACAGCAGAGGCCCCGACGCAGACUGUGUCUGCUUGA